AGGGAUUUCUCCUCAAAGGUGUCACUUACCAAAGAAUGAACAUGUUUAAGGCUUCAUUAGAUGCUCUGCUCUCAGCACUGGAAGUGGAUUCUAAUAAUACAAGCAAAACUUCAAACUAUAUUGUUGGGACUGUGGCUAAAAUGUGCCAGUUGUCAGAGGAAAAGGCACAAACUUUAAAAUGUAUUUUUUUUUCUAAUAUAAUUUUUUUAUUUUCUUGAGAUGCUUCCAUUAUAUAAAGGAAGAAAACUUAUAGUUAAUUAAUUAUUUUUCAAACUCAUUCCUACAACUACAGAAAAUCCAUUACAAUUAAUUAUAUAAAAAUAUUAAAAAUUAAAAUAAAAUGGUACUGAUAUUAUUUGUGUGCCUUUUACUGGGUACUUAAAUGUCUAGCUUAAUUAAUUAAAAUUGUGGUUCUAUUUUUAAAAAUCAUAUUCAUACCUUACCUAUCCACUAUGUAUUUCAGAUAUGGAAACAUAUGAGAAAUUGAGUGAACUUGGAGUACUGCUGUUUCAAAAUAAAAAGUAUGAAGCUUGCAUCUCUGUUCUGGAAGCUGCUAGAAAAUUCCAGACUAAUCAGAAGGGAAUCACUCUGCGGAUUCUCUUAACACAAGCUAACGCUCAUUCACAACUGCUGCACAUACCCAUAGCCAUUGGCCUGUACCAGGAAUGUUAUGGAAUGGCUGUGGCUAAUCAUGAACAGGUCUGUACAUUAUCUUCAUCUGCAGCAAGCAAAGAGUCCUGUGUUUAAAUAAGGCUUUGGUGGCUAUUUAUUCUGGCUACAGCCAAAAUAUUGUGCAAAUAUCCUUGUCAUAUAAAAUACAUAUAUAUUAUAAUUUGACAGAUAUAAAGUUAGUUUAGCAUCACUAAAGAAUUUUUUUUUAAAACGUGUUAAUGAUUAAGUAAUUUAGUGAUAGAAAUAUUGAAAGUGAUAUGUUUUAAUAAACUGCUAGAGGAAAUUAGGGGAGGUCAGUCAAAGGAAGUUUAGGUGGGCAGGAAAGACCAAUGUUUUUUAUGGGUAUUCCCCACUAAAUUAAAAGAUUUAGUUAAUUUCCCUGUUGAUCUGUGAUUUAAUUUGAAUUAUUUUCUACUGGAAAUAUGUCACCUUACCAAGACCUAAGGUAAGAUUGAGUUGAGCUUUUUCAUCUUUGAGAGGGUUUAAUCUUUUUUUUAAUAGAGGAAAAGCAAUAUCUUCCCUCGUCUUUGAGUUCAUCCGACUCACAAGGUCUAGAUGUUUUCCUAGAGUAGCUUACCUCUUAAGAUUCUAACUACAUUUCUUACUGGUUGUGGCUACUAAAGAAUAUGUAUUUUAAAGUCAGAUUGCUUUUUUUUUUUUGACACACAAUGCAUAAGUCUGAAACUCGAGUAAAUAUCAUUGCUAAAGAUAUAUAAAUUGGUAAUUUAUUAAUAGUAUUCUUUUUGAUGGUGUUUAAAAAGCUAAUAAUCAUUUUUGAUUCUUCAAAUAAUACUUACUAAAAUAUUCCUUAAAAAAUUAAAUAAUAAAUAUUGCUUCCCUAGGAAAAUAAUUAUAAAAUCUAUUGACAUUAUACUUGCAGGAAUAUCAAACUAAAGCUCUGGUCAAUAUUGCAACACUGCAGCUGGAGAAUGGAGACACCCACCUAGCUAUUAUUUUCUAUGAAAAGCUCCUGCACUUGGAAACUGAAAUUUUAAAAGAAGCUGGACCUGAUGGGGAUCUGCCUGAUUACUGGACAAAAGAGCUGCAGUGUGGCCUGCAUCUUAAUUUGAGCAUUGCCUACAAAAACAUUGGCAAUAUAACUUGUGCAAUGAUUCAUUCAAAGAAGUUAGUUUUUUCAUGUCUAUAAUUUUAACAAGCAAAUUAUUAUUAAUUUUUUAAAAUAAAUAAAACUCUUAUUUUAUAAUCUUAUGAAUAUAAAAAAGGUGUUCUAAAAGGUUAGUGAAAAUAUAAUAUUUUGAAGUCUAAACUUACAUAAUGAACCUUAUUUCAUAAAUGUAAAAUAAAAUUUAUUGGCUUGAAAAGCUUUCAUAUACCAGUAUUCAAAACAAUAUGUCAUCUCUGUUUAACUGAAUUAAUAUGCAAUUGGUAUCUGUUCAAAUCUGUAUUUGUUUUCGGAAAAAAUAUUUGUUUCUGUAAAAUCAAUUACAAUUUAAAUUUAGAAACCAAUUAUUGAACUUCAUUUAACUCGGCUCAAGAAUACUAAGACAUUUAGCUUCAGUGUAGUAUGUGACAAUACAAUUUUUUUAAAUAUUAAAAACUCAAUUCAGAUAUAGGGCACUGGCACUUAAGUAUGGGCUCAAUGUUAAGUUGAUGGCCGAUUCACAUCGCAACACUGGACUGCUUAACGAGAUCUUAGGUCAGUUUUUAAGUUAUGGUGUUACAGUGGUAAUUACCAGUCAGGGGUUUUGGUGGAGGUGGAUUCUAGCGGAAAUAUCUAAAAUUUGGGGGGGAAAGCACUUUCAUGCUUUUUUUUUUUUUAAUCAUUAGUAUAACUGGGUUACAUAAGCAACACAAAUACCGGUGUAGGUUUUUUGUUUUUUGAGGAUUAUAUUGGACUUUAAAGUUUUACUAAUACAGUAAGAUGUCAAUAGUUCAGAUGCCAAAAAUUCAGAGCGUUGCAUAUCUAGAUUGGCUAAUCAGAAAAAAGCUGCAGAGUAGAAUGUAAAUGUGAUGCAUUGGCAUCUCUAAACAUGACUUAGAAAAAUAACCAACAAAAACAUGUGUAUGGGCUUUUAAAAAGUGAUCUAAAUAUUUAUAUAACCAAAUUAUAUACAGUUUUGUACAGCUGGUAAUGUCGAUGAUCAGGGAGGAGUAAAACCACUAUUGGUCCAGAUUAUUAUCAUCUUACUGUAGUUAACAAAUGCAAGAAGGUUAGCCCUACUGCAACAUUUACAACUCAUUGAAAUGGUAUUGUCUCUUUAUCUGACUGUGGGAUUACUUUAUCUUUAAGGGAAGUACAAUGAAGCCCUACUAUGCUACAAUGAUUUCUUGACUGUGUGCAAAACUUCUGGUGAUGAGAGAAAUGUAGGACACGCAUAUGGGUAA